CCCAAUUGUGGAUGAGGUGAUUGUUUAAUUAGGCCUCCUUUUCCUCAUCCAUGAAGUGGGGGGAGUAGAGUUAUUAGGGUCCCUAGCUUCUUUUUCAACACUGACUUUUCAGAGCAGAAGACCUCUGCUUAGGUAAAUGCUCACUCAGAUCCCUCCGGCUGUUUCAUCCUCCCCAGGGUCGGCAAUAGGGACGCGUCCCCUUUAAGGCGCCAGCUCGCCGCCAUCCGCGGCCGGAAGUGUUGAAGCUCGGCCUGGCGGCGGCGGUGGCAGUAGCAGCCGUGGCGGCCUCUGCGCAUGCUCCGUCGCCCGCCCGCCCUGGCCGCUCGCCGCCCGCCCGCCCGACGGAGACGCAGACUCAGCUAUCUGACUUCAUGUGAAAGAUGGCUAAUGCGGAAGUGAGUGUCCCAGUGGGGGAUGUGGUUGUGGUACCCACUGAAGGAAAUGAAGGGGAGAACCCUGAAGACACUAAAACUCAAGUGAUCUUACAGUUACAGCCUGUGCAACAAGGUUUGUUUAUCGAUGGACACUUUUACAACAGGAUUUAUGAAGCUGGGUCCGAGAAUAACACAGCAGUUGUAGCAGUAGAAACUCACACGAUACACAAAAUUGAAGAAGGGAUUGAUGCAAGCACUAUAGAAGCAAAUGAGGAUAUGGAAAUUGCUUACCCCAUAACAUGUGGGGAGAGCAAAGCUAUUCUCCUCUGGAAGAAGUUUGUGUGUCCAGGAAUAAAUGUGAAGUGUGUUAAGUUCAAUGAUCAGUUGAUUAGCCCCAAGCAUUUUGUUCAUCUGGCUGGCAAGUCCACCCUAAAGGACUGGAAGAGAGCCAUUCGUCUGGGUGGAAUCAUGCUCAGGAAGAUGAUGGACUCUGGACAGAUUGAUUUUUACCAACAUGACAAAGUUUGCUCCAAUACCUGCAGAAGCACCAAAUUUGAUCUUCUGAUCAGCAGUGCAAGAGCUCCAGUGCCAGGACAGCAGACAAGUGUGGUGCAGACACCCACCUCGGCUGAUGGUAGCAUCACACAGAUUGCCAUCUCAGAAGAGAGCAUGGAAGAGGCAGGGUUGGAAUGGAACUCAGCUCUCACCGCUGCUGUCACCAUGGCCACAGAAGAGAACGUGAAGAAAGACUCAGAGGAAAUUUCAGAGGACACUUUGAUGUUCUGGAAGGGAAUAGCUGAUGUAGGGCUGAUGGAAGAGGUUGUAUGCAAUAUACAGAAGGAAAUAGAGGAGCUACUCAGGGGGGUUCAGCAGCGGCUCAUCCAGGCUCCCUUCCAGGUCACAGAUGCUGCUGUUCUCAACAAUGUGGCACAUACAUUUGGCCUAAUGGACACGGUCAAGAAGGUUUUGGACAACAGAAGGAACCAAGUAGAACAGGGAGAAGAGCAGUUUCUUUAUACUCUGACAGACUUGGAGCGCCAGUUGGAAGAGCAGAAGAAGCAAGCUCAGGAUCACAGGCUGAAAUCCCAGACGGUUCAAAAUGUGUUACUGAUGCCUGUGAGCACGCCGAAGCCUCCGAAACGACCCCGGCUGCAGCGGCCAGCCUCCACCACCGUCCUGAGCCCUUCUCCGCCUGUCCAGCAGCCUCAGUUCACAGUCAUCUCGCCCAUCACCAUCACUCCCGUGGGUCAGUCCUUUUCCAUGGGCAAUAUUCCAGUGGCCACCCUCAGCCAGGGCUCUAGUCCUGUGACUGUCCACACACUCCCUUCUGGCCCUCAGCUCUUCCGCUAUGCCACAGUGGUCUCCUCGGCCAAGAGCAGCUCACCAGACACAGUGACCAUCCACCCUUCGUCUAGCUUGGCACUGCUAAGCUCUACGGCCAUGCAGGAUGGGAGUACCCUGGGCAACAUGACCACUAUGGUGAGCCCUGUGGAGCUGGUGGCCAUGGAGUCCGGCCUGACCUCAGCAAUCCAGGCUGUAGAAAGCACCUCAGAGGAUGGGCAGACCAUCAUUGAGAUUGACCCAGCCCCAGACCCAGAGGCCGAGGACACUGAGGGCAAAGCGGUCAUUUUGGAGACAGAGCUGAGGACUGAGGAGAAAGUUGUGGCUGAGAUGGAAGAACACCAACAUCAAGUCCAUAAUGUGGAGAUUGUGGUCUUGGAGGAUUAACGGGGCGGUGGGGGCCAGCAGAUAUGUUUUGGUUUGAAAUUUUAAUUAUUUGUUUACUUUUAUUGUCCCACUCAUUUCCACACAGGAUCCUUUUUUUUUUUUAAAAAAAAAAAAACAGAAACAAAAACAAAAUCUCGUUGCUCUAACUGAAAAUGUUGGGUCCCUCCCAUCCCCUCAUUGAAAAAUCGACAAAAACAAGCUUCCCUUCUAGAAGUUGAGCAUAGGUCACUCAAUGUUCUAAUCUUCUUACAGCAAGAAAGUUAUUUCUUUUAGGGAGGCAUCAAGAUAAUCAGAAACCCUAUCCAGAAAGCCCUUUCCAGGCUAGCCUGUCUGUCUGUGUACACAUGUGGUUUUAUUCUCGUAAAGAGGCAUUGACCAAACUCUGGAAUACAGACCUGACACUGGAAGGCAGCCCACUCACGCGUGGAUGCAGAAGGAUACUUUAUUUUGUAUCCUGGAAAGGGCUCUCAGAGACUAGUGCAAAACUCUGAAACAAAAGAAAAUUGAACUCUGCUUGGAAGGGAACUCUGUUGCUUGGAGCAGCAGCUUAAAAAGGGAAGUGCUUUGGCCAGGAUGGGACAAAGAAAUGCUUACUUCCAAAAGUGCAGCUGAUACCUCUUGAUAUUUCUGAGAUUUACCAUUAUGGGAGAGGCCAGUGAUAAGUGGAAGGGUACAUCUCCAUGAAGCAAGUAGUAUCAGGGGCCUGUGGCGUUGCAGAAAUACAAGUCCAGGGAUAUUGCAGCCAUGCUUUGGGUUUCAAGCCAGCAUUGCCCCCAACUUGGUCAAAGCAUUUACCUUCCUAAAAUAGAAUCAGUCCAUUCAUUUGUGAACUAUGUGAUGUGGUGUAAAUUGCUCUGGUUCUUGGACCAUGGCUGUUGUGAGGAGGGGGGCUCCAAGGCCAUCAUUUUUAUUGCAUGACUCCAGAAGCAGGGAAGUUCCUCAUCCAGACCAGCUGCCCUUUUUGGUGGGGCCCAUUUUUGGUUUUGGAACCAAAAGCAGCCACUCAUUUGGUGCUUCCUCUUGUUCUGCCCUCCAUCCCUCAACUGUUAGUGGCAUCUGUCUUCCUGGAUCCCACGCUCUUCAGCUUUUUGGCUGAUUUGGAGAACAGUGACAGGUGCCUGCCUGCUGUCAUCCCCUUUUAGAUUCAUUUAUACCAUUUAUACCACAGAUGUUUCUGUGAAAUAUUGAGCUCGUAAAAAAAACCUUAGACUUGGCAGGAAGACUCAACAUCCCCAGCCUAUCCUUGAGGGACCGAGUAGAUGUCUCCUCCUGAGUGAGCUGGACUCCCUGGGAAAGAAGCAUUGUCUGCAACAUUAUAUUAUAGGAAAUGUACCAGGAAUGUCAGUAAUAAUGUCUUUAGGAUCCGGGGGGCGGGAGGGGUACCUUUUUUUUUUUUUUUAAUGUUGUUUGUAUAUUUAGAGCUGGGCCAUUUUCCAUGCUGUGAUUCCUUCUCUUUGACCAUCUUCAGUGUUUGGGGCAAGAGUGGAUCCUGGUUUUUAUUUCUUUGGUUGCAUUGUUUACUGCACUAGGAAAAAUAUAGGGAAACUGCAGACAAUUUAAAAGAAAAAUAGGUCAAAAAAGAAAGCACACACCUUAGGAGUGGGAGUUUUUUUUUUGUUUUUUGUUUUUUUAAUUAAAAGCAAAACUUUGACUUGUAAUUUCCUUUUUUUUGUUUUUUAAAAGAAGGCACCCACCCGAAGCCAUGUUUCUCCCAACAGAUGUUGGAAGCCCUGUUGUCAAGCAAGUGAAAACUGAGUUCUGCCAUCCUUCAGGUGGCUGUAUAUAGCUGGAGAAGCCCUCUAACUUGGGAGGGUCAGUCUUAGAAGCCUUAAGGGUGAGAUUUCUGAACCCCAUACAGUUGUGAUUUUCAGCUUUAAAAUUGUCUGGGGUUUUAUUUUUCUUUUCAAAAUAUUUAAUAGAUGUAGCAAUCAGCUUAGAACAAACCUUUGGCCCCCUUCUAUACAUUUAGUGAGCAGUGUUUUUUAUUUCUUGCUUCUUCAGGUUUCCUGUUGGUACAUAAACAAAACCAAUAUUUCUGUCUAAGCCUAAAACUGCCACUUGAACCUAGAAGGGACAUCAUCCCUAUUGUGGGUUUUAGAGAGACUUUUCUCUUUCCCAGAGACAAGCAUCCCAAUUCAGGACAGAGGAGGAGCGCUGGAGAACACCUACACGCUAGCUCAGGUUCCUUUCUUCCUUUCGUCAGAGCUGUGGUAGUGUGAAUAUUGUGCUUCCAAAGUCAAGAGAUCUCUUCCUCCUAAAGACAGAGCCUGUUUUACUUUUUAAAUAUUCUGGAAAUUCACGAGUUUUGUUGUUUUCCUGGUUUUCCAAUAGCCUGUCAUUAUUGCUAGAUGCUAUGGCACCCAUUGUUGAGUGGGGGUUCCCUCACAGCCCUGGUUUAGAUGAUCUCAAAUGGGGUGAGACAUGCAAGACAUCGGUGUGUGCAUAGGCAUUUGCAAUGAAUCAUUCCUCAGGCUGACUUGGCAGUAGCCAUCUUUCUGUUCAUUCAUUAAAUAAACAUUCAUAAGUACCAUCUAUGUGCCAGGCUUUGUGCUAGGCACUGGCACUACGGAGAUGAAAACAGUCUCUGCACUCAAGAAAUUCGUACCCCAGAGGUUGUCUGGAGUUAACUGUAUUUCAAUACAAUUGGUUUCCUUUGUAAUCCUAUGUAUUUUAUUUCAUGCAUUGAAAAGCAUUAUUCCGAGAAUCGGUCCAUAGGUUUCAGCAGACUACCAGAGGCACAGAACGGUUAAGCCCUUCUCUAGUGACAUACU